AUGUCUGAGCCAUUCCCAGCGGCCGGCGCGAGAACAGGCUCAAUAGGUGACACAGAUCGAGCUCGACACGUGUGCCACAUGUCCUCCAAUUCAGCAUCUCUUACAUCUGGCACACUCACCAUCUCCUGCGCAGCUGUUAUUCUUUCGCGCACGGCCAAGCCCUUCCUCUCCCCUAUGGCCAAUGUUGCUUCCAGGCAAGGUUGGGCCGGCGCCGGUGGACUACUCAUGGCGUUGACAGGCUUGCCGGAAUUCCGUUCGGACGACGGCUCUUCGGGUCCAGCGGACGUCACGAAGCGGACUGUUCAGGAGGGGGAGGGGAGGCGUGGUGGUUGGAGGCGCUCUGAGGAUGAGCUGGGCACAGGCUUGGUCCCUGCAACGGCCCCCCGACACCCCUGCGGCUCUGGAGCUCUAGACGUCGGUUAA